UAGGGUAUUCCUGGUAUGGAAGACCCUUCCACCAAUGCAUAGCAAUAGCCCUUCUGCUAUAUAGAAUCUGUAGUCUUUGAGGCUGCAGCUGGGGGACUUUGUGGAUAGAACAUUGAACCUGGAGUCAGGAAGUCUUGAAUUCAAAACCAACCUCAGACUCUACCACAUGACUUUGGGCAAGUCACAUAACCUCAGCUUGCCUUAGACCACUGGAGAAGGAAAUGGCAAACCACUCCAGUAUCUUUGCCAAGAAAACUCCGCGGGGUCAAGAAGAGUUGGACGGGACUAAACAACAAAAGCCUGGGAGGCUGAUUCAGUGCCUGUUCAGGGGCACGUGGCUGGUAGGUGUGAAGAGGCAGAACUAAAAACCAAAGAAUCUCUUUCUUUGAGAAGCACACUUUUUUUUUUAGAUUUUAUUUUUAUUGUCAUGCAAAACACACUUCCCUAUUGGUCAUUGCUGUAAGAGCAAAGUCAUACAUAACCGAGACCCCAAAACAAAACCAUAAAUACACAAUGUGAAAGACGACCCCAACAGUUCUCUCUGGAGGUGGGUAGUCUUCCCCAUCGUGUCUUUCAGGAUUGUCCCAGAUCAGCACCUUGCUGAGAGGAGCCAAGAUUUCACAGCUAAUCAUCACCCAAUAUUGCUGUUACUGUGCAUGAUAUUCUCCCAGUUCAGUUUAUUCUGCUCUGCAUCAGUUCCUGCAAAUCUUUCCAGCUUUUCCUGAAAUCAUCCUGCUUAUCAUUUCUUAUAGCCCAAUAGUAUUCCAUCACCAACAGGCAUCCCAAUUGGUUCAGCCAUUCCCCAAUGGAUGGGCAUCCCUUUUGCCACCACAAAAAAGAGCUGCCAUGAAUAUUUUUGUACCAGUCGGUCCUUUGCCCCUUUUUAUUCUCUCUUUGGGAUACAGACCUGUAAGUGGUGUUACAGGAGCAAAGGGUAGGUACAGUUUAUUAUUUUUUUACUUUGGGUAUAAUUCCAAAUUGCCCUCCAGAAUGGUUGGAUCAGUUCACAACUCUACCCACAAUGCAUUAGCCGCCCAAUUCUGCCACAUUCCUGAGGAGCACAUAUUCUCAGGGGACGAGGAGAGCACCAGUACCAGGGCAGAGAGGGAUGGAGGCAAAGGAGAGAGGAUGCUCUGCUGUCCCCUGAGAUGGGGCUGGCAAGUCUUCCCUUAGCCCGAGGAGAUGGAUGGAGGCAAAGGAGAGAGGAUGCUCUGCUGUCCCCUGAGAUGGGGCUGGCAAGUCUUCCCUUAGCCCGAGGAGAUGGAUGGAGGCAAAGGAGAGAGGAUGCUCUGCUGUCCCCUGAGAUGGGGCUGGCAAGUCUUCCCUUAGCCCGAGGAGAUGGAUGGAGGCAAAGGAGAGAGGAUGCUCUGCUGUCCCCUGAGAUGGGGCUGGCAAGUCUUCCCUUAGCCCGAGGAGAUGGAUGGAGGCAAAGGAGAGAGGAUGCUCUGCUGUCCCCUGAGAUGGGGCUGGCAAGUCUUCCCUUAGCCCGAGGAGAUGGAUGGAGGCAAAGGAGAGAGGAUGCUCUGCUGUCCCCUGAGAUGGGGCUGGCAAGUCUUCCCUUAGCCCGAGGAGAUGGAUGGAGGCAAAGGAGAGAGGAUGCUCUGCUGUCCCCUGAGAUGGGGCUGGCAAGUCUUCCCUUAGCCUGGGGAGAUGGAUGGAGGCAAAGGAGAGAGGAUGCUCUGCUGUCCCCUGAGAUGGGGCUGGCAAGUCUUCCCUUAGCCCGAGGAGAUGGAUGGAGGCAAAGGAGAGAGGAUGCUCUGCUGUCCCCUGAGAUGGGGCUGGCAAGUCUUCCCUUAGCCCGAGGAGAUGGAUGGAGGCAAAGGAGAGAGGAUGCUCUGCUGUCCCCUGAGCUGCACCUGGUAGGGAAGGAGGAUUCUGAGUCUCCAGCUGCCCAUGUUAUCCUCUAGGGAACUUGAAGCAAGAGGGGGCAGCCAGCCUGAGAUUCUUCCAAUGAUUCUUAGCUGAGGUGGGAGCCCUGCCCUGAGACAGGAGGUCCUGGGUUCAAAUGUAGCCUCACACUUCUUAGCUGUAUGGCUCUGAGCAAGUCACUUAUAACCCCCACUGCCUAGCCCUUAUCACUCUUCCGCCUUGGACCAGUACACAGGGCUGACGCUAAGACAAGGUGAGGGUUUUAAAAAGGCUCGCAGUUGGGAGGAAAGUGCACCUGAUGACCGGCCCUGGCCCCUGGAGCUAGGCUGGGUCAUUGGCCAGCAGGGGAGCCCCUUCGGAGACCUGUGAAUCCUCCAUGGAUACCGGCACCGCACCGGGAGAGCGAAAAUCCCGCCCGGACAGUGGAGCUGAGCACCGGCUGGCUUCGGCUGUCUGCUCCAAGGCCUGGCCAGCAGCCCUGAAUGUGCGUGUGGCCGAAGCCACUUCACAUGUGCGGUGAGCGCCUUGGGAGAGUGCACCUGUAUCCCAGCUCAGUGGCAAUGUGAUGGUGACAAUGACUGCGGGGACCACAGCGAUGAGGAUGGCUGUAUGCUUCCUACCUGUUCCCCUCUGGACUUUCACUGCGACAACGGCAAAUGCAUCCGGCGUUCGUGGGUGUGCGAUGGGGACAACGACUGCGAGGAUGACUCGGACGAGCAGGACUGCCCCCCCCGAGAGUGCGAGGAGGACGAGUUCCCCUGCCAGAAUGGCUACUGCAUCCGCAGCCUGUGGCACUGCGACGGAGACAACGAUUGUGGGGACAACAGUGACGAGCAGUGCGACAUGCGUAAAUGCUCCGAGAAGGAAUUCCGCUGUAGUGAUGGCAGCUGCAUUGCAGAACAUUGGUACUGUGACGGCGACACGGACUGUAAAGAUGGCUCCGACGAAGAGAGCUGCCCCUCAGCUGUUCCUGCACCCCCGUGCAGCCUCGAGGAAUUCCAGUGUGCCUAUGGCCGAUGCAUCCUGGACAUCUACCACUGUGAUGGGGAUGAUGACUGUGGGGACUGGUCCGACGAGUCUGACUGCUCCUCCCACCAGCCAUGCCGAUCGGGGGAGUUCAUGUGUGACAGUGGCCUCUGCAUCAAUGCUGGCUGGCGCUGCGAUGGGGAUGCUGACUGUGAUGACCAGUCUGAUGAACGCAAUUGCACCACCUCCAUGUGCACGGCGGAACAAUUCCGCUGUAAGUCUGGCCGUUGUGUAAGGUUGUCUUGGCGUUGUGAUGGGGAGGAUGACUGUUCAGACAACAGUGAUGAGGAGAACUGUGAAAAUACAGGAAGUCCCCAGUGUGCCUCAGAUCAAUUCUUAUGUGGGAAUGGGCGCUGUAUCGGCCAGAGAAAGUUAUGUAAUGGUGUCAAUGACUGUGGAGACAGCAGUGAUGAGAGUCCCCAGCAAAAUUGCCGGCCUCGGACGGGUCAGGAGAACUGCAACGUCAACAAUGGUGGUUGUGCCCAGAAGUGCCAGAUGGUGCGGGGAGCAGUGCAGUGUACCUGUCACACUGGCUACAGACUCAUGGAGGAUGGGCGUUCAUGCCAGGAUGUGAAUGAGUGUGAGGAGGAGGGCUAUUGUAGCCAGGGAUGUACUAACAGUGACGGAGCCUUCCAGUGUUGGUGUGAGGCUGGCUAUGAACUUCGACCUGAUCGGCGAAGCUGCAAGGCUUUAGGGCCAGAGCCUGUGCUGCUCUUCGCCAAUCGGAUUGACAUCCGGCAGGUGCUGCCGCACCGAUCUGAGUAUACACUGUUACUCAACAACCUGGAGAACGCCAUUGCCCUUGACUUCCACCACCGGCGGGAACUUGUCUUCUGGUCAGAUGUCACCCUGGAUCGCAUCCUUCGAGCCAAUCUCAAUGGCAGCAAUGUAGAGGAGGUGGUGUCUACGGGCCUGGAGAGUCCAGGGGGGUUGGCUGUCGACUGGCUCCAUGACAAGUUGUACUGGACAGACUCUGGCACCUCAAGGAUUGAGGUGGCCAACCUGGAUGGUGCCCAUCGGAAGGUGUUGCUGUGGCAGAACCUGGAGAAGCCCCGGGCCAUUGCCUUGCACCCCAUGGAAGGUACCAUUUAUUGGACAGACUGGGGCAAUACUCCUCGAAUUGAGGCUUCCAGCAUGGAUGGUUCAGGUCGGCGCAUCAUUGCUGACACUCACCUUUUUUGGCCCAAUGGGCUCACAAUUGACUAUGCCGGACACCGAAUGUACUGGGUGGAUGCUAAGCACCAUGUCAUUGAACGAGCUGACCUCGAUGGAAGUAAUCGCAAAGCUGUCAUUAGCCAGGGCCUCCCACACCCCUUUGCCAUCACGGUGUUCGAGGACAGCCUAUACUGGACAGAUUGGCACACCAAAAGCAUCAACAGCGCCAACAAAUUUACCGGAAAGAACCAGGAGAUCAUCCGGAAUAAACUGCAUUUCCCCAUGGACAUCCACACCCUGCACCCCCAGCGGCAGCCAGCAGCAGGGAGAAACCGCUGCGGGAACAACAAUGGAGGCUGCACCCACCUGUGCCUGCCCAGCGGCCAGAAUUACACUUGUGCCUGCCCCACCGGCUUCCGAAAGACCAGCAGCCACAGCUGUGCCCAGAGUCUUGACAAGUUCCUGCUUUUUGCCCGAAGGAUGGACAUCCGUCGGAUCAGCUUUGACACGGAGGACCUGUCCGACGAUGUCAUCCCACUGGCUGACGUGCGCAGUGCCGUGGCCCUCGACUGGGACUCCCGUGACGACUACGUUUACUGGACCGAUGUCAGCACCGACACCAUCAGCCGGGCCAAGUGGGAUGGAACAGGGCAAGAGGUGGUAGUAGACACAAGUCUGGAGAGCCCUGCUGGCCUGGCCAUUGAUUGGGUCACCAACAAACUCUACUGGACAGACGCAGGCACAGACCGAAUUGAAGUGGCCAACACAGAUGGCACCAUGAGGACAGUACUAAUCUGGGAAAAUCUGGAUCGUCCUCGGGAUAUUGUGGUAGAACCCAGGGGCGGGUUCAUGUAUUGGACUGACUGGGGUGCAAGCCCCAAGAUUGAGAGAGCUGGCAUGGAUGCCUCAGGCCGCCAAGUCAUCAUCUCCUCCAAUCUGACCUGGCCCAAUGGACUAGCCAUUGACUAUGGGUCCCAACGACUCUAUUGGGCGGAUGCUGGCAUGAAGACCAUAGAGUUUGCCGGUCUGGAUGGGAGCAAGAGAAAGGUGCUGAUAGGAACCCAGCUUCCACACCCUUUUGGGCUAACUCUCUAUGGAGAGCGCAUCUACUGGACUGACUGGCAAACCAAGAGCAUCCAGAGUGCAGACCGGCUGACGGGGCUAGACCGUGAAACACUACAGGAGAACCUGGAGAACCUCAUGGACAUACAUGUUUUCCACCGGCUAAGGCCCCCAGUGCACACGCCCUGUGCCGUGGAGAAUGGGGGCUGCAGUCACCUAUGUCUUCGGUCCCCACAUCCCAAAGGUUACAGCUGCACUUGUCCCACAGGCAUCAACCUUCUGGCUGAUGGCAAGACCUGUUCAUCUGGCAUGAGAAGCUUCUUGAUCUUCGCCAGGAGAAUAGACAUCCGCAUGGUCUCCCUGGACAUCCCAUACUUUGCUGAUGUGGUGGUGCCGGUCAAUAUCACCAUGAAGAACACCAUUGCCAUUGGGGUAGACCCUCAAGAAGGAAAAGUUUACUGGUCAGAUAGCACACUGCGAAAAAUCAGCCGGGCCAACCUGGAUGGCUCCCACCACGAGGACAUAAUCACCACAGGAUUACAGACCACUGAUGGGCUGGCUGUGGAUGCCAUCGGCCGGAAAGUGUAUUGGACAGACACAGGAACCAACCGGAUUGAAGUGGGCAACCUCGAUGGGUCCAUGAGGAAGGUGUUGGUGUGGCAGAACCUGGACAGCCCCCGGGCCAUUGUGUUGUACCAUGAGAUGGGGUCUAUGUACUGGACAGACUGGGGAGAGAACGCCAAGCUGGAGCGGGCUGGGAUGGAUGGCUCGGACCGUGCUGUGCUUAUUAACAACAAUCUGGGCUGGCCCAAUGGGCUGACGGUGGACAAGGCUGGCUCCCAGCUGCUCUGGGCCGAUGCCCACACUGAGCGCAUCGAGGCUGCUGACCUCAAUGGUGCCAAUCGGCGCACCCUGGUGUCGCCAGUUCAACAUCCCUAUGGCCUCACCCUGCUCGACUCCUACAUCUACUGGACCGACUGGCAGACCCGUAGCAUCCACCGUGCUGACAAGGGCACAGGGAGCAAUGUCAUCCUGGUGCGGGCCAACCUGCCUGGCCUCAUGGACAUCCAGGCUGUGGACCGACAACGGCCACUAGGUUCAAACAAAUGUGGCCCGAAGAACGGCGGCUGCUCUCACCUCUGUCUGCCCCGGCCGUCGGGCUUCUCCUGCGCCUGCCCCACCGGCAUCCAGCUGAAGGGGGACGGGAAGACCUGCGACCCCUCCCCAGAGACCUACCUGCUCUUCUCCAGCCGCGGCUCCAUCCGACGCAUCUCUCUGGACACCAGCGACCACACGGACGUCCACGUGCCCGUGCCUGAGCUCAACAACGUCAUUUCCCUGGACUACGACAGUGUGGACGGGAAGGUUUAUUACACGGACGUCUUCCUGGAUGUCAUUAGGCGAGCCGACCUGAAUGGCAGUAACAUGGAGACAGUCAUCGGCCGGGGGCUCAAGACCACCGAUGGCCUGGCCGUCGACUGGGUGGCCAGGAACCUGUACUGGACGGACACAGGCCGCAACACCAUCGAGGCCUCCAGGCUGGACGGCUCCUGCCGGAAGGUUCUGAUCAACAAUAGCCUGGAUGAACCCCGGGCCAUUGCUGCCUUCCCCAGAAAGGGGUACCUCUUCUGGACAGACUGGGGCCACCUGGCCAAGAUCGAGCGGUCAAACCUGGAUGGCUCCGAGCGGAAAUUACUCAUCAACACAGACUUGGGCUGGCCCAAUGGCCUCACCCUGGAUUAUGAUACCCGAAGGAUCUACUGGGUGGAUGCUCACCUGGACCGGAUCGAGAGUGCCGACCUCAAUGGGAAGCUACGGCAGGUCUUGGUCAGCCAUGUGUCCCAUCCAUUUGCUCUUACCCAGCAGGACAGGUGGAUCUACUGGACAGACUGGCAGACCAAAUCAAUCCAACGUGUAGACAAGUACUCGGGCCGGAACAAGGAGACGGUGCUGGCCAAUGUCGAGGGGCUCAUGGACAUCAUCGUGGUCUCCCCACAGCGGCAGACAGGGACCAAUGCCUGCGGCGUGAACAAUGGCGGCUGUACCCAUCUCUGCUUUGCCAGAGCCUUGGACUUUGUCUGUGCCUGCCCAGAUGAACCCGAUGACCGGCCCUGCUCUCUAGUGCCUGGCCUGGUGCCCCCAGCUCCCAAGUCCACCAGUACAAGUGAAAAGAGCCCAGGGCCACUCAACACCCCCUCUACCACGUCCCGCUCCUCCACGGCCAGGACCCACACAUCCCUGGAGGAAUCUGAAGGAAACUGCUCAGAGAAAGAUGGUCGCCAGGGUCUCUGCGCACAUUCCAAUGAGGCUGUGCCUGCUGCCCCAGGGGAAGGGCUCCAUGUCAGCUACAUGAUUGGUGGUCUCCUCAGUAUCCUGCUCAUUCUGGUGCUCAUUGCUGCUCUCGUGCUGUACAGACACAAAAAAUUCAAAUUUACUGAUCCUGGCCUGGGGAACCUGACCUACAGCAAUCCUUCUUACCGGACUUCCACGCAGGAAGUGAAGAUCGAAACCAUCCCCAAACCAGCCAUGUAUAAUCAACUCUGCUAUAAGAAAGAGGCUGGGCCCGAGCACAACUACACCAAGGAGAAGAUCAAAAUAGUAGAGGGGAUUUGCCUCCUGUCCGGCGGCGGUGACGAUGCCGAGUGGGACGACCUCAAGCAGUUACGAAGCUCCAGGGGGGGCCUCCUCCUCCGGGACCACGUGUGCAUGAAGACCGACACGGUGUCCAUCCAGGCCAGCUCCGGCUCCUUGGAUGAUACGGAAACGGAACAGCUGCUCCAGGAGGAGCAGUCGGAAUGCAGCAGCGUCCACACGGCGGCCACCCCGGAGAGACGGGGCUCGCUGCCGGACACGGGCUGGAAACACGAACGCAAGCUCUCCACGGAGAGCCAGGUCUAAGUGCCCAGAUCCCCCUUCCUCUGGUCCCUCUGGUCCUUCUCCCUCAAACAUAAACCACCGGCCCUAGUGCUCACUUAAACAACAGGCCCCCUCCUGCCCCUUCGGUCCUCCCUGCCUCGUCCCCGUCCCCAGCCUCCCCACUGGAGCUGUUCUCCCCAUGUCCACACCUGCCUCUGCACCAGAGAGAAUGCCUCAACAGGAGCUCUCAGAUCCAGACUCGCUUGGUCCUGGGAGCAGAGGGCGCCCUGAAGUUGGAUCUGGUCCGCCUCACUCCCCUCCCUUAACGCCUGGAGCUCAGCAUCAGAGGCCACGGCCUCAUCCAUCCUGAGAGAGGUCAAUAGAGCCGUUUCUCAGUGGGGACUUAUUCGCCCGUCAGUAGCUGGACUAAGGAGGGAGGGACUGAGGACCAAAGUGAUGGCACAGCUAUGGGUGAAGGGUGAGAAGAGAGAGGUUUGGCCCAGCUGGUAUGGGCAUCCUUCCCGGAUUUUCCCAUCUCCGUGGGACCCCAAGUCUUUUGGGAAUAUGGAAGUUUUUGAGAGGUGGGCUGGCGUGGGUGUCCGUUGCUGGCAAUGGAUGGCACACUGAGGUCCCUACAAGUCAUUGGUUAGGCCACUAGACGUCAGAAGCAAUAGGUGCUAGCUCAGUUCCGAUGGGAUAGCUGGAUCCACCCACCAUGGUUCCUCGCCCUCCUUGGAGGUCUUCGAACAGAGGCUAGAAGACCACCUCCUGCAGUUUGGGGGGAUGGUUAUUUAUGAGGGGUUGGACUCAGGGUUUCUUAGGUCCCUUCCAGCUCUGAGAUGCGAGCUUUCUAAGUCUCACACCGCCCUUCCUUCUACCAAGGUUCUGUUCUGGCUCCUCCUGCCUUUGUGGGAUUAUGGGUUCUUGUCAUGAAUUUCCUGGCCUUUUGAGAACCUUUUUAAAAGGAAACAAGCCUUGGGGCAACCUGUCAGGUCCCUGGGAUGACUUGGGUCCCCUGACCCUGCCGCGUCCAUUGAGAAGCACCAACUGGACCAAAUGCUGGUCUCCAUCCUGCACUUUAAAAGCUUCUCCAAGCAUCCUCUAGCACUCUCCAGACUCGUGGGAAUGACCAGAUCUCCAUGCAUGAUCAGGUGGAUUGAAGAGUGAGAUUUGGGCUCCCCAAAGCCUCCAGGAAGGUGCUGAGGAAGUGGAAUCUCUGACAUUCUUUCUAAAUAACACCAUGAUCUAAAUAAGCCUGUAGCUCAUUGGGAUAUUGAAAAACUUAUUACAGUUUUUCAUGUUAGAUCAAACUAGCUUAGCUGCCAUUUUAGGAGGCCAUCUUCUGACAUGCACCCAUUCUCCCAGGGGCUAUUAAUCCUCAGACUAGUGCCAAAGCAGAUGACAGGGGAGGGAUGCCAGCCUUUACCUGGCACCAUUAUCCAACACCUUUCACUUCUGUUGCUUCUUUUGGCUCUAAUCACAUGGCAUCGUGGUCCUCUGGGAGCUUCCUAGGAAGCGGGCUUUUGGGAAGGGUGAGUUUUCUUUAGUAUCUCCAGUUUGAAAUACAGGGCUGGGCUGUGAGGAUGGCUACCCUUACCACCCCUCUGGCUCUGGGACCUGCCCCCAGUUUCCGAUCUUCUGACCCUGGGAAAUGGAUCAUUGGUGGACUAAGAAGACAGACUUGGAGAAGUAGCAGGCAACGUCUCAGCUCUGUUUGGCUGGGACCAGGCAUGCAAAAGAUGCCACAGUGUUGGGAAGGAAAGGAUCAGGGAGCAGUAAGUGAGGUCCUAACAGAUCAUAUCUAAGUGCUUCCUGGUCUUUUUGCCUAGAAUGUUGUUUGGAACUUGAGUUGGGAAGUAGUUGGAUAGAAGGAGAGAAGGGAUGUUGCUGGCUAAACUUUGCUCCUGGGUCCAAUCCUAGAGCAGAAGGGAUAUUCCCAGCAGUCCUGCAGCCCAGCUGUAAAAAGGGGUUCCAUAUCUUUGGAGAGGAGCUGGCAAUUUCCCAACUUGAAACAGUUCCUGUGGCAUUUGCCCCAAACCCCUUGUCUGAUUGGUUCUUCCCCUAAUUCGCUUGAGAAAAGAGGCACCAAGUUAGGCUAAUGAAGGAGAAGUACUAGGACAAAAACCUUUCCUUGCUAAUUCUAAGAUGGCCCAAGAUAGAUCCUUAUUUCCCCAUUACUCCCUCCUCUGGCCUGUUCCAAGACUGAGGCCAGCAGGCUACAAAGGCCAGGACUGGGUAUCCUCUGAGUGCAUGGAGCGGUGUCAGGAGAGGGUGCUAAGAAAGGGCUGGAGAGCUCAGUGAUGUCACCCUUAGGAGUGAAAAAAUAAGGAACCCAGCUCUGAGAGGAAAGAAACUUCAUCAUCUGCGGGAAAGGGGAAUGAACAAACUGCUCCCCUGGAAAAGAGAAAGAUCUCGUUGCACUUGGUCUGUGCAGAAUGUAGAGAGAACAUAUUUGAUGAAUUAUCUAUUUGAGCACUGAUUUACUAUGUAAAAAGCAAAAAAAUCUCUUUGUCCUAAGCUAAUGGAAGCAAUUCUCCUGCGCUCAUGUGUAAUGGUUUUAACGUUACUCACUGGAGAGAUUGGACUUUCUGGAGUUAUUUAACCACUAUGUUCAGUAUUUUAGGAAUUUAUGAUAAUUUAAUAUAAAUUUAGCUUUUCUUAAUCA